AUGUGUAUGGCUUUGGUAUGAUUAUGUGGGAAUGGUUGACAGGAAGAAGGCCUUUUUGGAAUCGAGAUCAUGAUGUAGAUCUUAUUAUUGAUGUUUGUGAUGGUCUUCGCCCUCCGAUCGUUACAGAUACACCUGAAGGUUACGUUAAACUAAUGCAAGAAUGUUGGCACUCUAAUCCAAAAAGAAGACCAACUGCUGAUGAUAUCAAAUCAAGAGUUUUGAGUAUUACUAAUUCAGAACAUAUUUCACAAACUGUUUAG